GCCAGACCACUUGAAUGGACACAUCAAACAGGUGCAUACCUCAGAGAGACCUCACAAGUGUCAGACCUGCAAUGCUUCCUUUGCCACGCGGGACCGGCUGCGCUCGCACCUGGCGUGCCACGAGGACAAAGUGCCGUGCCAGGUGUGUGGGAAGUACCUGAGAGCAGCAUACAUGGCAGAUCACCUGAAGAAGCAUAGUGAAGGACCAAGCAACUUCUGCACUAUCUGUAACCGAGGUUUCUCCUCUGCCUCCUACUUAAAGGUCCAUGUUAAAACCCACCACGGUGUUCCCCUUCCCCAGGUCUCCAGGCACCAGGAGUCCAUCCCGAAUGGGGGAGCAGCGUUCCACUGCGUCAGGACCUAUGGCAUCAAAGAAGGCCAGAAAUGUUCACAUUCGGACCCGAUUGAGAGUUCUGAUUCAUAUGGAGACCUCUCUGACACCAGUGACCUCAAGACUCCUGAGAAGCAGAGCACCAAUGGGUCCUUCUCGUGUGACCUGGCAGUCAGCAAAAACAAAAUGGAGAUGGAAGGAGAGAAGAAGUACCCGUGCCCCGAAUGCGGCAGCUUUUUCAGAUCCAAGUCUUAUCUGAACAAACACAUACAGAAAGUGCACGUCAGGGCCCUUGGUGGCCCUCUGGGGGACCUGGGUCCUGCUCUGGGAUCCCCCUUCUCCCCCCAACAGAACAUGUCUCUUCUGGAGUCCUUUGGGUUUCAGAUCGUCCAGUCGGCAUUUGCAUCAUCCCUUGUGGAUCCAGAGGUCGACCAGCAACCAAUGGGGCCAGAGGGGAAAUGAGAUCAGUUGGAUCUUAAAGCAAAGCAGCAGUCUGGCUCUGAUGAUAAGAUGCUGUGAAUGAAAGAGGAAAUAAUGAAAUUUGGUUCUAUAGCUGAGAAUUUUUUAUUCAUUUUAGCUUCCUUCUUUGUCUCAUGCCCUACCCCACCUUUAAACCUUCACUGGGGAGAGGGAGAAAAUGCUUCUUUAGCUGAUGAAUUACAGAAGAUGGUGGCCUUGAAUAGGAGAUAUGACCCAAAACAAAUGGAGCUUUAGAGGCUGCUGGUGGUGUUUUCCUUGUGUUCUUUGAGAGUAAUCAAGAGUUACCAGCACUGGUCUGAGGUGAGACAGUCCCAGUGACCGAGGCACCCGGGGAGCUGCAGCUACAGGGAGCUGUGGUUUUGUUCUCCCUCUAUUCCCCUGCCCUCCCUAAACUCCCCCAGAAAAACAGUAAGUUUAAAAAACAGACCCAUUAUUGAAUAUAACAUUAAGUAAAAUGCCCCAUGGUUCCUAGCAGGUUACAAGGCAGUUGUCCUUUUAAAACCAGAAACAUUUAAAGAAGGUGAGAGAAUUUGAUCCCCUUCUGCCUUUGUGAGGCUGUGAGUGCUGCAGCAGGACUGAACUGCUGAGAAAAAUCACCUUUCAGAACAGGUUGUUUUUAUUACUUUUGACCAUUAAACUUGCUGUCAGGUUUUUAAUUCUUUAUUAUUAUUAUUAUUUUAGGACCUGUUGUAGUGAAUUGCUACUGAAAAGCCAGUCUAAGGCGGUACACAGAGCACUCGUAAAGCAGCAGUCACAUUAGGGUUAGUAUGAGAUUUUUUUUUUUUUAGAUGUACUAUAAUUAAUAACUUGGCUAGUUGGUUGUUUUAAGUCUAUGAAAGAAAUAGUUUUUAUUAAAAUAAAAAAAAAGAAAAAAAAAAAAAAGGAAGGAAAAAUACCAUUACAGUCUGGUUGACUGGUGCUCAUUUUUCAUGUGGGGACCUAGGGGAUGAACACGAUCAGCUCUCGGGUUAACACUAUGUACCACUGACUUGUUUAGUGUGAAUAAACCCAGGGGUUCACACAGUGAUUUUGGUUUAAUUGGAUUGGACUCUAUUAAAGAAGUUAGUAUGUUACUUUGCA